AUGCCGCAUCCCGUCGAUGCCUUGGUCCGUCGUCCAGCGUCCAGGCAAGAUUCUAGCACGGACACCGUCGGCCUCACAGCGGGAUGGGCAGACAUUCCCCGCGAGCUGCUUCCAGUUGUGCUCUCCCGCCUGCCAUGUCCGGUAGAUCGUCUCCGGUUCUCCGUCGUCAACAAGAAAUGGCACGGGUUCUUGGAACAACACCGUCGUGAUCUCCAUCUUCCUCCACUACUCCCGUCAUUGGUGCUACCGUCGUCUUCUCCAGAGCACCCUCUGGUCCACGUAACACAGGGAGGGAACACCCGGCGCCUCGGACUCCCACCAGACAUCAAGCAGAGAGCAAGUUUCUGUGGAUCCUACCAAGGGGGGUGGUUCGUCCUCGCUCUUGAUGGACCACUGGACAACAGACUGUUCAACAUAUUCUCCGGCGUCAGCAUUCCGAUGCCAACGACGACAAUGGUGGACGGGCGUGCACGAUAUAUCCGAGUUGAGGCAGCAGCUCUCUCAGGGUCGCCAGUUCUGGACCCACCAUACAACUACACCAUCGGCGCGAUUGCAAGGAUCCAGGGCAAUGACUUCUCUGGCAUUGCACUAUGGGACCCGUCCAAGGAGCACUGGACGUGCAUUGACUGGGAUCUCAUCCCAACGCACAGUCUGGAUAUACACGAUGUGGUAUACUCCAAUGGCAGCUUUUACUUCCUCAACUCUUAUGAGAACAUGGAGAGAAUUGGAGCUCAUCCCAACCGUGAGGGAGUCCCACCCCCACCCCGUCUGGAGAUUUAUGUCGAGAAGGAUUGGGAGAUAUAUGAUGAGGAACACCCGGAGAACAUGACAGUCCAGCGGUAUUUGGUUAAUCUUGGAGGUAUGGAGGAGGAUAAUCCUUUCCUGAUGGUGCUCAAGUAUCAAGAUGAGCCUACGCAACCCACUUCCUCUGUGCGCGUGUUCAGGCUAAGCGAGGUUGAUGAACCUGACGCUCCAGAGUACCCUGAGGAUGUGGAGCCCCGUCUCCACUGGCAUGAGCUAGAUCCCAGCUCCAAGUCGGACCAUGAGUUUUUCCUUGAGGCCAAGCUCAUAUUCAUUGGGCGUGGUUGCUCCAGGAUCUUCAAUGCCAGUGAUUUUGAGGAUCUCGACGACAAGUUCCGCACCGGAGUGUCCAUUUUCUUCUACGACGACCGUGGCGUCGAGGACCAAGAAUGCUUCCUGCGUGGUGACAUGGGAAGAUUCACUCUGCCGGAGGCCCAAGUUGAGCCGUGGCCGCCGGUCGGCAGCCAAGCAAUCGGGCCACGGUCGCGCAAGUUCCCUCCUACCUGGUGGAUUCACUGA